AUGCACCAGAAACAAACGGUGGAGUUCGUGAAGAGCAUGCAGGAGAAGUGGAUGAAGUUCAACCAUGGGGAGUUCACCAUCAUGGAGGCGGAUGUGGGCGACUCUCCGUCCGCUGUGGGUCACCGGGACACCGACCGGGCGAUCGAGAUGUUGGACGAACUGGUGGACGACAGUGAUCCCGAUGUGGACAUCCCCAACAGCAUCCACGACUUCCAGACCGCUGAGCGGAUCCGAGAGCAGUGGCCUGGAGAGGAGUAUGACUGGUUCCAUUUGGCUGCUCAGUUGGCAUCGGACGGCGACCGUUCGGGUGGUUUCGGGGUGGGCUUGUUGCAUGACAUGGGCAAAGUCAUGGCCUUGAAAAAGAUCGCCGGCGAGGACCUCCUCGAGCAGUGGGCCGUCGUGGGAGACACCUUUCCCGUGGGCUGCGCACCUGCAGAGGAUGCCGUCGUCUUCCCCGAGUCCUUCAAAGGCAACCCCGACUACGACCACCCGGUCUAUGGCACCAAGUAUGGCAUGUACAAACCCAACUGCGGCAUUGGGACUCUUGGGCGGACCUGGUGGGGGAUGAAUGGAGUUUCAAGGAUGUUGAAGUUUAAUGGUUGCACCAUUCCUGAAGCUGGAUUGAACAUGAUCCGCCUUCACUCCUUCUACCCCUGGCACGACAAGCGCGCCUAUACCCACUUCGAAAGUCCGGAGGACGAAGUGUGA